AUGACGAACAAUUUUACUCGCGAUCAUGAAGAGUUUGAACAAAUACCUCGUUUAGUUGCUGUUAUAACCGUUUUGGGCUAUUUUGUGUUGAAUAUAUUAGGCUGGUUUCGAGAUUUUCUUCGACAUAUUGGCUUAGAAAAGAAAAAAGGUGCCAAAGAUCCAAAUCCAGAAGACUUUGUUCCACUAUACCAAAGUUAUGAAUGUUUUUAUACACGAAAUAUGUAUACAAGAAUUCGAGAUGUAUUUAACCGACCAAUUGGAAGUGUGGCAGCUGCAGAAGUCGAUGUUAUUGAACGUUUAUCUGAUGAUUAUAAUUGGUCGUUUAGAUUUACUGGUAAAAAGCUCCAUGCAAUUAAUUUGGGUUCAUACAAUUAUUUGGGUUUUUCGGAAAAUCGUGGACCAUGUGCACAAGCUGCAAUAGAGUCGAUUAAAAACUAUGGUGUGGCUAACUGUGCUAGCCGACAGGAAUUAGGAACACAACGUUUUCACCAAGAACUUGAAAGUUUAUUAACUCAAUAUCUUGGUGUCGAAGAUGCAAUUGCAUUUGGUAUGGGCUUUGCCACAAAUGCACUAAACAUUCCUGCUAUUGCUCGAAAAGGUGAUUUAAUAAUCAGUGAUGGUCUUAAUCACACAUCAUUAAUUCUCGGAAUACGUUUAUCGGGUGCUACAACACAAACAUUUAAACAUAACGAUAUGAAAGAUUUGGAACGAAUAUUACGAGAAUCUAUUGUAAAUGGACAACCUCGCCAUCAUCGCCCAUGGCGAAAGAUAAUAAUUGUUGUUGAAGGUGUUUAUUCCAUGGAAGGCUCUAUAUGUCGAUUACCAGAAAUUAUUGCACUGAAAAAAAAAUAUAAAGCCUAUUUGUAUAUGGAUGAGGCACAUUCGAUUGGUGCCAUUGGUUCACAUGGAAAAGGCGUCGUUGAUUAUUGGAAUACAAAGCCAGAUGAUAUCGAUAUACAUAUGGGGACAUUUACAAAGAGUUUUGGCAGUGCUGGUGGUUACAUUGCUGGACGAAAAAAAUUAAUUGAACACAUACGUACAUAUUCGCAUGCCGAUUGUUAUACAGCAAGUAUGAGUGCGCCGGUUGUACAUCAAAUUAUUUCAUCAUUAAAAAUAGUCAUGGGUAUAGAUGGUACUGAUAAUGGACAAAAGAGAAUUCAACAACUAGCGAAAAAUGUACAGUAUUUUCGACGACAUCUUGUUGAUAUGGGAUUUAUUGUCUAUGGAAAUGAUAAUAGUCCUGUUGUACCUGUUCUCAUCUAUAUGCCAGCUAAAAUUGCCGCUGUAAAUCGAGAAAUGCUAAAGCGUGGUUGUGCUGUUGUCACCGUGGGAUUUCCAGCUACGUCUAUAACAGAAUCACGUGUUCGAUUUUGUAUAUCUGCCGCGCAUACUCGAGAGAUGUUAGAUCAUGCACUACGAGCCAUUGAUGAAGUUGGUCAUUUGGUAUCAUUACGAUAUUCAGUUCGAAAUCCUCAUCGUCGUCUUGUAGAAUUAAAUCCACAAGAUUAUGAGUAA